AUGAGCUACCUGGCUGACGUCCCGUUCAAGGUGACCGAGAACUUGGUGCUGGAGUCCGAGCUGGUGACGGCUUCGGCUCUGACCCUCCCCGAUGGCACCGGGCUUCUGUCGGGCACCUUGCCCGAUUUCUCCCUGGAGAAGAGGACACUGUUCUGGCUGGAGGCGGCCGCUGGGCGAGAAGCUCCCGCCCAGGGGGUCUCCCCCCGGGCCCCCACCGACAGGGGUCCGUCGGCGCCCCCCUGCUGGCUCCUGCUGCUGGACUCCGGGCCCGGGCUCCGGACGGCCGAGGCCCAGGCUGAAGGGGGUGCUCCUCAGAGGGGGUCCCCGCCCCAGCGCCGCCCGCGGACCGCUCCGGCCCCCACCCGGGCCGGGCCGCAGGGCUGCGCCCCCGAGGCCGACGGGGGCCCCGGCCCGGAAGGCGAUGGCCCGGCACAGCUGCGGCCCCCCGGCCCCGGGGGGAGUCCGGGACUCCAGGCCCACGUCCAGGGGACCCCCCGGCUGCGGCCGGGCCCCGCUACGGACAGGGGUCCCUGGGCCAGGCUGACCCCGGGCGGGGUGAGGAGCGAGCUGGGGGCGGCCGGGAGGCGACUGGCCACCCUCCUGCAGCCCCCGGCCCGGGCAGCCGCCUCCCCAGGCCGGUGGCUGGUGGGCUCCCUUCCCCUCCCCCGGCUCUCUCGGGGUCACAGGAGCCUCGUCUACGCCCCCUCGCCCGCGUCCUCGGGGGGCGCGACGGUCCCCGGUCUUCCCGCCGGUCCGCCUGCCCGGCCACCCACCUGUCCGCCCUCCGCUCGGCCGCCCGGCCCCAGCCCCGGGAGACCGUCCACGGCGGGGACCAUCCCACCCAUCAGGAGCCACAAGCCCACCGUGGCGUCCCUCAGCCCAUACGCCUGCCUCCCCGCCCCUCCCGCGGCCCGGGAGCCCCCGGGGGCCCAGGCCGCCCGCCCGGACCCGACCUCCGACCUGCUGUCGGCCCUGAGCCAGGAGGAGCGGGACCUCAUCGAGCCGGUGCUGGCCCUGGGCUACCCCCUCCCCAGAGCCGUCCUGGCCCUCCAGAGGACGGGAAGACAGAGCCUCGGCCAGUUCCUCAGCUACCUCGGUGCCUGCGACCGCCUGCUGAAAGAGGGCUAUGAAGAGGAGCCGGUGGAAGAGGCCAUGGAGAUGUUCCAGAAUUCCGAGAGAAAGGCAGCUGAAUUUCUCCGCCUCGUGGGGCAGUUCCACGACAUGGGCUUCCGGCGAGACACCAUCAAGGAAGUCCUCCUGCUUCACGAGAACCACCGAGAGAAGACCCUGGAGGAACUGGUGGCCCGAGGCCACUGACUCGCUCCCCCCGACCGACCGCUGACCCAGGCCGAAGCCCCCGGGGAACUCAGAUCCCGACUCGAGAAUCCCGACUGGAGAGAAGC